CAUGUUUACACCCGCCCCGUCCCGUGUUCCGUGUCCUCCUGGAAUCUUGGUACCCGCCGGUCAAGAUGUCGCUUAUCGUAGACGACGCCGCGGACCAGAACGGCCUAUCCAGCCCUUCGCUGACUCAGCCGCGUCUUGGAUAGAUUAUCGAUAAGCUCUCCCAUCUCCCCUUUUUUAAUUUUAACGACCUGUAACAGUUGCCCCCUUUCCCUUUUCUUAUCCCUUACAUAACCUAUCCCGAUUCCGAGUUCCGACCACUUGAUACCUUAUUCCCUCCUCCAAUUCCGCUUAAGAUCUGAUGAUUACCCCGGCCGCUCUCGCUUGUUCUCAAUUCGUCGGCGCUCGGAUCCCGAGUCCCUCCUUCUCGCCGAUUUCUAAGCUACGUUGUUCCCCACGCUGCGCGGCGGCGACGGCAACGGCGCCGGUGCCGGAGGCGACGCUCUACGACGUGCUCGGGCUCACGGCAGGGGCCACAAGCGGGGAGAUCAAGGCGGCGUACCGGCGUCUGGCGCGGGGGUGCCACCCGGACGUGGUGGCGGCCGAACGGAAGGGCGCAUCGGCCGACGAGUUCAUGCGGAUCCACGCCGCCUACUCGGCCCUCUCCGAUCCCGAGAAGCGCGCCGAUUACGAUCGGCGAUUGAUGGCGCCGAAGCCGGCGACCUUCGGCCGGCAGCGAUGGCCACCGCGCGGCCCUCGGCCGUUCUCUUCGUCCGCGUCGACCACCUCGGCGGCGACAUCGUUCUCCGGCUUCGGUCGCCGGACGUGGGAGACGGACCAGUGCUGGUAGGUGAAGACCGGCCGGGUGAGGUCCGGACCGCGUUCGGCCGGCCGGAAAGUCUUGUUUACGUGAACCAAAAAUCUAUAGAGGAUUUUGGGACUACCAGAGCCGUCGGAUGAGAUCUCCUGUUUGCAUGAUGUUGGUGGAUGAGGGCAGAUAUAUUUUUAGCAGCCUCGGCCAUCCUUGCACUGAUUUCAUCAUUUCUAUUUUUUUUUUUUUUGCUUUUAAUAUGUAAAUAUUCAGGUGUUUUAAUUCUGAUGUUUCUUGAUACGGCUUAUUAUGAUGUCUAAGAUCGCUUUUUUAGUGUAAUUUUGGUUGGCAUGAAGAAAUUGGAUGGCUAACUAUGCUGAUAUG